AUGGAGCUUAGAGCAACAAUGGAGCUUAGAGUUGGAAGAUAUAAGUCAACGGGGAAUAAGGGGACCCCUUUUAUAGCGAGGUACAAAGAUCCAACCGUUAUCCACCUACCAGCCUGCGGCCAGCGGUACUACCGCACCAGGCAAGCGGUACUACCAUGGGGCCACACGGUACUUCCGCUUGCUGCCAAGCGGUACUACCGCAAGGUCACGCGUACUACCGCAGAGGGGUGGUACUACCGCCUGACAGCUGAGCACGGUACUACCGCGAAAGGAAACCGGUACUACCGUGGUAGGCGCGGAUGUAAAAAAUUACAUCCGCCCCUACUACCGCGGGGGAGCGGUACUAGCCUGGUGGGCCACGGUAGCGCAGCUCCAGGUGAGCGGUACUACCGUGGGCACUUGCGGUACUACCGUGCCGCAGCACGGUACUAUCGCUGGUGCCUACAGUACUACCGCUCACCUGGAAGCAGUACUACCGCGAGCCAACACAGCAGCCGGAAACAAGGUGACGAGAUAACAACGGAGGAAGCUCCAAGGUGCAAGGGAAAGGAGGGGACAAGGAAGAAACGUAUUCCCAACUGUUGGACACCUCGACCGCCGCAGGCGCUCGGUUGGCUCCUGUCCGUGCCCGGCGCUUCUGGCAGCGUCCUCGAGGUCGUCGUGCCCUACUCCAGGGCCUCCAUGGCGCAGCUGCUCGGCAAGUUGCCCCUGCAAUUCACAAGCAAGCAGGCCGCGGAGGACAUGGCACUGGCCGCGUUCAACCGUGCCCUGAAGCUUUCUGGGCCAGGUCUACAAGUAAUGGGUGUUGGAUUUACUGGGUCACUCGCUAGCGCACGCCCAAAACAUGGUGACCACAGGUUUUAUGUGUCAACGCGCACACAAAAUUGCCUCAGGACAUCACAUGUAACAUUGUCGAAGGGUUUACGGAGCAGAGAGGAAGAAGACAAGGUCUCAAGCUGUUUUGUGCUUAAGGCAAUCGCAGAUGCAUGCAGAAUUUCUGCAACCAUUCAGUCAGACGUUCAAGAACCUGAAAUUCCAAAAGAAAGUGUGGAACAAUUUGAUGAAGACCAAGAGCUCCAGCAAGUUAUUGAUGGUCAAGUCUGCACGAAAGUUUACCACUUUGCUGAUCCAACGGAAAAGAACUUCGACAGGAAACUAAUUCUACCUGGUUCAUUCAAUCCCUUGCAUGAUGGCCACCUUAGGUUGUUAGAAGUUGCAUCAAGCAUGUGUGAUGAUGGGUUUCCGUGCUUUGAGAUAUCAGCAAUAAAUGCGGACAAACCCCCCCUGUCUAUUGCAGAAAUUAAGCGCCGUGUCGAGCAAUUCAGAAAAGCAGGGAAGAAUGUGAUCAUAUCUAACCAACCGUACUUUUAUAAGAAAGCAGAACUUUUCCCAGGCAGUGCUUUUAUAAUUGGUGCAGACACUGCAGCUAGGCUUGUAAAUCCUAAGUAUUAUGGAGGUGACUACAACAGAAUGCUGGAGAUUCUUCUUGAAUGUAAAAGCACUGGCACAACAUUUCUGGUUGGUGGUCGAGAGAUUGAAGGAGUAUUCAAGGUCCUUGAAGAAUUAAAUAUUCCAACAGAGUUGAAGGACAUGUUUAUCUCUAUACCAGAGGAGAAGUUCCACAUAGACAUUUCAUCUACUGAAUUAAGAAAAAAACAAGGGCUCUGA